CUAUACCAUUGCUGCGUAAAUUAGGUGUGUGUCUACAGAGAAUACUAACUUGCACCGAGCGGAAAAUGUCGCUCAAAACCUAGACAAUACCCCCAAUCCCCUCUCCCCCCCCUCUCUCUAUCGUGCUUUCGAAGGUCAAACAUAUACGUACCCUCGCUGUUUCAGGUUUUGUUGCUUAUUUCUUUAUUCAAUUUCCCUUACAUUUCUGCUAUUUCCCUCAACUCUUCUACGUUUAAUGUGAAUUGAAUCACAACAAACCCUUUUACAAGUUCACCAAAAAAUUCCCAAUCUAGGGUUUCAAUUUUCGAGACAUUUUGAUGUUUUCUUUGGUGUUUUUCUCCAUCAUUCGAAGAAGACAAGACAAUGGUGUGUGAUUGAGUGCUCUAUAUCAUUUAUACCAUCCAAUUGUUAUUGGUUGUCAAUCUUGGUUGUAAUGGGUAAUGUUGAGAUACCCAAUUGGCUAAAAGGGUUGCCGUUGGCGCCUGAGUUUCGCCCAACUGACACUGAGUUUGCUGACCCGAUUGCCUAUAUAUCGAAAAUUGAGAAGAAAGCUAGUGCUUUUGGUAUUUGUAAGAUUAUCCCGCCAUUGCCAAAACCUUCAAAAAAAUACGUGUUUGGUAACUUAAAUAAGUCACUUUUAAAGUGCCCGGAACUGGGUUCUGAUGUAAAUUCUUCAAGUUUGUGUUCUUCUUUGAAAAUUGGUUCUGGGGAUAGUGAUAGUGAGGGCGAGGUCCGGGCCGUGUUUACUACGAGGCACCAAGAAUUGGGUCAGAGUGUGAAGAAAACAAAGUGGGCGGUGCAAAGUCCGCAAUCAGUGGUUCAUAAGCAAGUAUGGCAAAGCGGAGAGGUUUAUACGUUAGAACAGUUUGAGUCUAAGUCAAAGGUUUUUGCACGGAGCGUAUUGGGAAUGACUAAGGAGGUUUCACCGUUAGUUGUAGAAGCAAUGUUUUGGAAGGCAGCUUCUGAGAAGGCUAUAUACGUGGAGUAUGCAAAUGACGUUCCUGGGUCUGGGUUUGGAGAACCGGAAGGCCAGGUUCGCUUUUUUCAUAGGAGGAGAAGGAAGAGGAAUUUUUACCAGAGGAGUAAAGAGAGCUCUGACUGCAAUAAAAAUGUGAUAGAUGGCGUAAUGGAUUCUUCUAAUGAUGAGAUGAAAAGUUCUUCUACCCAAAAUGAACCAAAUACAUCUUUGGAGGCACCAAAGCCAUCUAAUUCUUCAUCAACAUUGUUAGUGGAUGGAAAUUUAAGAUGUUCUGGGCGUAAGAGUUCAAAUGCUAGUAAUGAGAUGGAAGGUACUGCAGGUUGGAAGCUCUCAAACAGUCCAUGGAACUUACAAGUCAUUGCACGUUCACCAGGCUCACUUACCCGUUUCAUGCCGGACGAUAUUCCAGGUGUUACUUCUCCCAUGAUCUACAUUGGUAUGCUUUUUAGCUGGUUUGCUUGGCAUGUUGAAGAUCAUGAGCUUCACAGCAUGAAUUUUCUUCACACUGGCUCGCCAAAGACUUGGUACGCUGUCCCUGGAGAUGAUGCAUUUGCUUUUGAGGAAGUCAUUUGCCGCGAGGCUUAUGGUGGCAAUAUUGAUCAUUUAGCUGCUCUCACAUUAUUGGGUGAGAAGACAACUCUUCUAUCACCUGAGGUAGUAGUUGCAUCGGGCAUUCCUUGUUGUAGGUUAAUACAGAACCCUGGCGAAUUUGUUGUGACUUUCCCAAGUGCUUACCAUGUGGGAUUCAGCCAUGGUUUUAAUUGUGGGGAAGCUGCUAACUUUGGAACCCCACAAUGGCUUAAAGUAGCCAAGGAAGCUGCAGUGCGCAGAGCUGCUAUGAAUUAUCUUCCCAUGCUCUCUCAUCAGCAGCUGCUAUACCUGUUGACCAUGUCUUUUGUCUCAAGAGUGCCAAGAUCCUUACUACCAGGUGUGCGGAGUUCUCGUCUGAGAGAUCGCCAAAAAGAAGAAAGAGAAUUAUUAGUGAAGAAGGCUUUUAUAGAAGAUAUGUUGACUGAAAACAUUCUGCUAUCUGAUCUUCUUGGAAAAGUAGCAAAUUGCCAUACUGUUUUAUGGAAUGCUGAUUUACUACCAUAUCCAAGUAGAGAUUCUCAAUUGCCUAGUGUAGCUGCUACUGAUUCUACCCCACCAACAGAAAAUUCUUCCCAUGUUCAUUUUGAAAAUAAAAAUAGCUGUCAGAAUGAUCUCCUUCAUGAGAUGAGCUUGUAUAUGGAGACUCUCAAUGAUUUAUAUCUGGAUGGUGAUGAUGUAUCUUGUGACUUUCAAGUUGAUUCUGGAACACUGGCAUGUGUGGCUUGUGGAAUCCUUGGUUUUCCAUUUAUGUGUGUUCUGCAACCAUCUGAAAAGGCAUCCAUGGAGCUUCUUCCUGCAGAUAAUCUUUUGGUUGAAGGAGGCCCCAGUGUCCCAGCACCUGAGGUUACUCGUUCUCCAGAACUUGAUCGGUCUGUUAAAAGUUCUAUUUCAGAGAAUCUUCCUCCUGAUCCUGAUGUAUCCCUACCGCCAAUGGAUCUGCGAAUACCAUUAUCAACCAAGUUUGAUAUGGAAUGGAACACCUCUAGUAAAUUUCUGAGGCCAAGGAUUUUCUGCCUGGAACACGCCAUUCAGAUUGUGGAGCUCUUGCACUCUAAAGGCGGAGCUAAGGUGCUUGUGAUCUGUCAUUCAGACUAUGAGAAGAUUAAGGCACAUGCUAUGGCGAUUGCAGAGGAAACUGGUAGACCUUUUAAUUAUAAUGAGGUUCCAUUAGAUAUUGCAUCCCAGAAAGAUCUUAACUUGAUAGAUCUUGCAAUUGAUGAUGAAGAACAUGAUGAAUGUGGGGAAGACUGGACGUCAAAACUGGGUAUCAAUUUACGGUACUGUGUUAAGGUCAGAAAGAAGUCUCCAUCUAUGCCAAUUCAGUAUGCACUGACAUUGGAUGGAUUGUUCUCUGAUGGUAGUCCCACUUCAGAAUUGUUGACCAUCAAAUGGCAGUCCAGAAGAUCACGUUCAAAAAAGUUAAAUCAUCCUUCCCAUAAUAAAGCAUGUGACGAUGCUCAAUUAAAGAAGGAUGAAGUGAUGGGGGGAAGGUCAGAUGGCAUCUUCAUAAAAAAAGAAGAAAAACUAAUUCAAUAUUCGAGAAGGAAACUUAAGUUAAAACUGGGUGCUUCCACGGGGGCAAGUACGGUACAUGGAUGCCUUGGAAAAGAUCUGUCAAAGGAUGUUUCAACUGCUAUGUAUGGAAAUCUUGAUAAGCAAAGUGGAAAGGAUUCUGAAGUUGAUCUUUCUAACAAAGGAAGUUCGGGAAGUGAAUCUGCAGGAUUGGUCUUCUCUACUGCUACUAGAAUAUCUGAAAUGCAAGAUGAAACCCUGAUGCUUACAGCUACCAGGGGUAUGAGCUUGAACUUGGCUCCUUCACGAAUUGAAGAUCCCCCUAGCGCUGCUACACCAGUGGCUGGAAAUUUUGAGGUGCAAAGUGAGAAUCACACUCUGCAUGAUUCUGACAUGGAUGGAAAAGCUUAUAAUUUAGCAACGGGAGAUAAUUCUGAGAUGCAAAACAAAACCAAGGCCGCUGAUGAAACCAGAGAGGACAAGAUCGCUGAUGUUGAAAAAUGUGAUAGUCCACCUUCUAUUGAAACUGGUGAAGAGUUUGGAAUGCAAGGAGAGAAUCAAAGUAUGGAAAGAAGCAGCAUCUCAAAUGAGUUUUGUCAUCUGAUUUCUGAAGAGAAGUGCAAUGUCUCAGCUGAAGGUGUUUCCAACCCUGCAAGUCUACAUGUUGCUGAUCUGGUUGUUAGAAAUAUAGAAAAUGGAGCUCUGGAGGAUUCUUGUGUCAACAGUAAGGUUCAUAUUUGCGCGAGUUUAGAUAAUGAGAAGCAGCAAGAGAUCCAGGCCACCAUCAGAAUUAACAAUGACGGGCCUGUUUCAGGUAAUGUUGCACCAACAAACCAGCAUUCUCUUGCCCCAGUGGAAGGCGUUUCUUGUACUGUUGCAGUGGAAACCCACCCUACUCUUGCCUCGGUGCAAGCAAGUUGUGAGGGUCCUAGAAUGAACCAUGAUGACGAAGACAUUAGCAUUGCCAUGUCUUUGGAAUAUAUGGGGGCGCAAGAGCUGAAGACUAAAAGUGGAAAUAAUAAGGCCGAGCUAAUUUCAAGUUAUGUUCAAAUAGCAAAUGAGCUUACUCCUGCAUCAAGAGAAAUCCUGUCCCCAGACAGAAACGAGGAAAUGGUCUCAAGUUCUGUUUCAACAAUGGAAGUUAGUCAACCUUGCAUACCGGUGAAACAAAGUUCUGAAGGUCCAAGAGGGAGCCCUUCUGACGAAGACUUGCAUGAUGAUGUCACCUUAGACACUGAAAUGCAGCAAGAAAUACAGGUUAUGAAAGGAAUUGAUGUGGGGCAAUCUGUCUCUAGAUUCAUUAUGCAAGUGGAAAAUGAGCCUGUAACUGUGUCAGGGGGAGAAAGCUUUGAAGUUCAAAGGGGGAACUUCAUGGAGGAAAACAUGAAUAAUGAAGUGAAACAGGUUUCUGGCCAUGAUAUACUUACAAAUCGUCCUUGUCCUGCCUCGCUUGAGAAACAUUCCAUGAUUCAAAGAGAGUCCCGUGCUGCAGAAAAUCUACUUUGUGGUGAAGUUUGUUCACCACAGGAUGAUGGAGAGCUGGAAAGCAUCGAGUCCACUGUUCUAGACCCCACGCCAAAACCUGAAUGCAGAGGAAAAAGAAAAAGAGAGGUGGAACGUUUGACAGAAAACAAGUUCAGUUGUAGUGCUUUUAUCAGGAGUCCAUGUGAAGGGUUGAGACCAAGGGCUGAGAAGGAUGCAACAAAUAGAUGUGGAAUUGACGUGAGUAAAACGGUGGAGGAAAAGCCAGUAAGAAAGGUGAGCAAACCUUCGGAUGUUUCUCAUCCUCGGAAUAAGAAUGCAAAGGGGUCUCACAGGUGUGACCUUGAAGGUUGCCGCAUGAGUUUCAAAACGAAGGCAGAACUUGUCUUGCACAAACGCAAUCGGUGUCCACAUGAAGGCUGUGGGAAGAGGUUCAGCUCCCACAAGUAUGCAAUGCUUCAUCAACGUGUUCACGACGAUGACAGGCCCCUCAAGUGCCCAUGGAAAGGUUGCUUAAUGUCAUUUAAGUGGGCAUGGGCUAGGACUGAGCAUAUAAGGGUGCACACCGGUGAGCGCCCUUACAAGUGCAAGGUUGAGGGCUGUGGCCUCUCUUUCAGGUUUGUAUCAGAUUUCAGCCGGCACAGACGAAAAACCGGGCAUUAUGUGAACUCACCCGCCUGAGAAUGUCCUUCUGAUCCGGCUGGUUUUGUAAUAUCUGGUUAAUGAGCAAGUGGGUUUCUGAGGCCCAAGGGGUGGGGGGUGGGGAGCCCCAGCGGAUGGUAUAUAAUCUUACAUUAUUCUGUUUAGGUGUAGGGCUAGGGAUAUAGAGUGAUCUUUUUGUAGUUUGGCAUUCUUUAAUCAUUUGAAUGCACUGAUAGAUGAAAGCCCUCGAACUUUGAUCUCUCUGAAUUGUUCGUGAUAAGAUGCAGCAGUCGCAUCAAGCAGGAGAAGAAGCUCUCCAAAUGGAUGCUACAUCUACAUGUUUUGGGUCAAAUCCUUGCUGGCCACUUUUGUGGUACUCUCUGGUGCCUUGUCUAGAUUA